AUGGGUUCAACACCUGCCAAUCCUGAGACAGUCCCGUGGGGUCGACGGGUCGCCGCAAAGCAACAGGCAUGUCGUGAGGCAAUCCCCAACGCUUGGCGGCUGGACCAAAGUCUACUUGAUACGCUGCGGAAGCCAUUGGACAAGUCCAAAAAUAACAUGAUUCAACUGAAUAUCAUUGAACGAUCGGGAAUUCUUUCUGAACGGGACUUGGAGAUCACAGAACGGUACAACGUAGCCGAGCUCUUACAGUGUCUGUCAUCCGGGCAGAUUACGGCAUUAGAGGCUACCGUGGCGUUUUCGAAGCGUGCUGCCCUAGCACAACAACUGACAAAUUGUCUUACAGAGACAUAUUUUCCAGCUGCUCAGAAGCGGGCAAGGGAGUUAGACGCACUGAGAGAACAGGGGAAGCUAGCUGGUCCAUUGCAUGGUCUCCCAAUAAGUAUAAAAGACAGCUUUCAAAUCCAGGGCUCCCAAGCAACCAUUGGCAUGGUUGCGUAUUUGGACCAGAUUUCUUCCUCUAAUUCCAGUUUGGUGGAUAUCCUGAUUAAGCUAGGUGCUGUGCUUUAUUGCAAGACAAACGUGCCCCAGACCUUAAUGACUGCCGACUCAGAUAAUAAUGUGUUUGGGCGAACCUUGAACCCGUGGAACACGGCUUUGGGGGCUGGCGGUUCAAGUGGCGGCGAAGGUGCUCUUGUUGCAAUGCGAGGAGCACCGAUUGGUGUAGGCACAGACGUUGGAGGCUCUGUGAGAAUUCCGGCCUUGUGCUGUGGCACAUAUGGUUUCCGCCCGACGGCUGGUCGAAUUCCAUAUGGAGGACAAAGAGGCUGCGCCAACCCUGGAUUUCGUCCAAUACUUCCAUGUGCCGGACCCCUUACAAAUGAUGUUGAUUCCCUUGCAACUUUCAUGAAGGCUGUCUUAUCGGCCAAUCCGAGACAGCACGACUCUACAGUUAUUGAUGUGCCAUGGAGAGAAGUCGAAAGCCUGAGUGGGCGAAAGUUGCGACUGGGACUGCUGGCUGAGGAUCCAAGAUUUCCUCUGCAUCCACCCGUCAGAGCAGCGAUCAACGAAGCAGUCCAUCUUUUAGAAGCACAAGGUCAUGAAAUAAUAAAACUUGGUCCAAGCGAGUGCCGCAUUGAUCAGGCCGGCCAGGUUUCGUGGAGCCUUUUUUCCCUUGACGACACAGCCAGUCGUCAUGUUCAGGCCGCGGGGGAACCAAGUAUACCAUCCCGUGUUCGACUUCAACAAGCAGUCUACGAAAUGGGCAUGGAAUAUGUUGCGGAGAUCCAUGGGCUGGACUCUCUACAGAAAUUUGCUGCAUUAAAUGUGAAGCGUGCAGAUAUUACCGAUGGUUGGAACAAGCUAUGGCUGAGGCAUCGACUUGACGCAGUAGUAGGGCCAGGUGCUCAAAACUCUGCGGUUGAACACGACGAAUUUGGGGUGCCGGCGUACACGUAUCCUGCUUGCGUCAUUCCGUUUGGAACGGUUUCUGGAGUCGAUGCGGACUUCGAGGUUGAGCUAGGGCAAACUGCACCACCAUACAAUGCAGAGAUGCUAGCCGGAGCACCACUAUCCAUUCAAGUUUUUACGUCGGCAAUGCGCGACGAAGAGUGUCUGGAUAUUGCUAAGAUUAUUGACCAGUGUUUGCAACAGGGUAAUCACCAUAAGAAGCAAUUUUAG